UCCGCUUGCGCUCUCCCUGUGCGCUCGGUGCGCUCCGGCCGGGGCCAUUCUGUCAGAGCCGGGACCAUGUGCGGCCGCCGCGGCCGCUGCUGCCUUCUGGGCCUCCUGUGGGCACUCUUCCUGAGCCCGCGCGGCGUCCCAGGGCUCCCCGGUCCCUCUGCCCGCCUGCCUCUGCCCGGCCCCCUGCCCCACGUGGAGAAGUACGAGGUUGUGUAUCCGCUGAGGGUUCCUGGCCCCCGGGCCCGGAGAGACCUGUCCCCGACUCCGUACCCAGAAAGCCUGCGCUAUGUCCUGGCCAUGGCAGGUCGCAACGUCACCCUCCGCCUGCGCAGGAACAGGGACCUGAUGGGGGCCAGCUACACAGAGACGUACACCCUGGCCAACGGCACCGAAGUCACCGAGCGGGCCGCCCGGCAGGACCACUGCUUCUACCAGGGCCACGUGGAAGGGCACGAGGACUCGGCAGCCAGUAUCAGUGCCUGCCGCGGGAUCAGGGGAUUCUUCCGGACGGGAGCCACGGCCCACCUCAUCGAGCCCCUGGAGGAGGGCGGCGCCCACGCCGUCUACAGGGCGGAGCAGCUCGUGCGGGAGCUGGUGACCUGCGGGGUCAGCAACAGCACCCUGGAGGACCUGGAACCCAGGAUGUCUGCGGCCCAAAAGCCCAGGAACUGGAAAUCCGCCUCAAAGGAAACCCGCUACGUGGAGCUCUAUGUGGUUGUGGAUCAUGCCGAGUACAGGAAGUACAGGAACCGGGAGAACAUUCGGAGCCGCGUGAAAGAGAUUGUGAAUCACGUGGACAAGCUCUACCAGAAGCUCGGUUUCCGCGUGGUUCUCAUCGGCCUGGAGAUCUGGGACCGGCAGGACAAGGCGCAGGUCAGCAGCAGCCCCGAGGCCACGCUGGAAAACUUCCUCAGGUGGCGGAGCCGGGAGCUCGUCCCCCGGAAGAAGCACGACAACGCCCAGCUGAUCACGGGCGUGGAUUUCGAGCACACGACGGUGGGCCUGGCCAAGGUGGCCUCCAUGUGCACCCUGAGUUCCGGGGCUGUGAACCAGGACCACCACGAAAACCCCAUCGGCGUCGCGUCCACCAUAGCUCACGAGAUGGGCCACAACCUGGGCAUGGACCACGACGAGAACGUCCCCGGCUGCUACUGCCAGGAGCACAGACAGAACGGCGGCUGCAUCAUGGCGGCCAGCCUCAGCACCGUCUUCCCCAAGACGUUCAGCUCCUGCAGCCGCAACAACCUGGAGAACUUCGUGGGGAGCAACAUCUUCCAGGCCAGCUGCCUGAGCAACCCCCCGAGGCUGGAGGACAUCUACGGGGGCCCGGCCUGCGGCAACGGCUUCGUGGAGCCCGGGGAGGAGUGCGACUGCGGCUCCCCAGAGGACUGCACCAAUCGCUGUUGUAACGCCACCACGUGCAGACUGACCCCGGGAGCCACGUGUGCGCAGGGAGAGUGUUGCCACGAGUGCCAGGUGCUGCCCGAGGGCCGGGAGUGCCGGAAGGCCCGGGACAGCUGCGACCUGCCCGAGUUCUGCGACGGCCGGCGGGGCGAGUGUCCGGAGAACGUCUUCCAGGAGAACGGCGCCCCCUGCCCAGGCGGUUACUGCUACAACGGGGCCUGCCCGACCUACCGGCAGCAGUGCCGGGCCCUGUGGGGCGACGCUGCGUCCGUGGCCUCCGACAGAUGCUUCGUGCUCAAUGGCCUGACGGGCUGCUCGGUUCCCUUGCCCUCCCAACGCAAUUUCAACAAGUGCGGGGUCCUGCAGUGCUCCGGGGGCAUGGUCAGCCAAAGGGCCUACUGCACCAUCACGCUGGACCGCAGCACGUGCGCCAUGGUGGGCAGGGGGGACGCCGAGGAACCCUUUGAGAGGGUGGUCACCGGAACCAAGUGCGGAGAGCGGAUGGUUUGCUACAACGGGCGCUGUCAGGACCUGCGUGUCUACGGGGCCGAGAACUGCUCUAGCCAGUGCAGCGGGCACGGGGUUUGCAACCACAAGAGGGAAUGCCAUUGUCAGCCAGGCUGGGCUCCCCCUUACUGCCAACAGAGAGUGACCGAUGCGACUUCAGACCACCGUCCACAGCCCGAGUCGCCCACCGUGAGCCUCCCCGUGUCAGAACGCAGUUGUCUGACCCCAACCCCUGCAGAGACCACUGGGGCCCAAGGGGUGCUGGUGGGGAUUUUGGUGCCCCUGGCUGUGCUCACCCUCCUGCUCCUCGUGGCCUUCGUCCUCUACAAGCGGCGGGGGCUUCCCCCUUUCCAGAAAAGGAAAAUCGCGACGGAAGCCCCUUCCGGCCUCUCCAACCCCUUGUUCCGAGAAGCUGGCAGCAAGAAGCCCGGCCCGGCCUCUGCUGCGCCUGCUGCCCCCCACCCCAAGCCUGGGCCGGGCGUCCCUAGGCAGCCACCCCCAGCGCCUCCUGCGGCGCUUCGGCCCGAGGCCCCCUUCCAGGUGCCCGUCUAUACCAGGCAGGUCCCUCCGCAGAACAAGCCCGCACCGCCCAGCAAGCCGCUGCCAGAGCUGAAGCCCAAGCAGGUGCUCAAACCAACUUCUGCUCCUCCGCCACCACCCCUAAAGCCUCCAGCUGGGCCUGCCCAGGGAGCGGGUCCCAAGGUGGCUCUGAAGCCGCCAGUCCAGCGCAGGUGACUGCCCGCCGGGACCCGGAGACCGGGGAGUCCGCUCGUUGCUUUCGUGGUCCCCAUCCUGGCUGUCUGGGACCAUGCUUGAUGUCGCAACCAGUCGUCCGCAGUGCAGGGGAGGAAGGAGGCCCGUCGGGGCCCCCAGGGCUGGGCCCCGACCUUCUGCCUCUGAGGCCUUCCCCCUCUGCACUUGCCCUGGAGUUUGGGGGGUCCCCCGGGCCUCUGGCCCAGGCUGCGGAACAAGCAGGGACCUGUGAAACCUUCGCUUCCUCCCACGAGGGCAGCCUUGCUCUUGGGCGGGAUGGACAUCUCUCAGGGACAGUGGCUUCACAAAGGCCGCCGGGCGUUCGGGGCAGCUCAGCCCCCCGAGGCCUGCACCUGGCCGGUGUGCCCGUAUUCCGGCCGGCUCCCCCCGCAGCCCGACCUCACCGCGGGGCCGUCCUCGCUGGCUCAGGGAGAAUCAGGCUGGGUGUGCGGCCGUCCAAGGCCUCAGCCUCCCGGCCACCCCCGGCACGCCCUGGCCACGGGCUGCGCUCGCUGCUCUCUCAGUGUGGGGAUAGCUGUGUCUGCUGCUCCCUCAAGACUGAAGGCGCUUUUCGGGUCCGUUUUCGUUGCUAAAAGUGCUGCAUUUUAUCUAUUCUGUGAGAGAAUCUUUGGGAUGAUGGGGAAAUGCCCCAACUAUUUUUAUAAUACUGAAAACUCAUCUUAUUCUUUAUGUAAUCGUCUGUUUUUAUGGGGCUCUAUACAGCAGAGCUUGUCGUUUUGAUCAUAUUUACAGAUUGUUUUUGUAAAAAUAAAAUACGUGAAAGGA